AUGUUCGCUUUCUUCAUCUCGUUCGCCUUGUCUCUUUCUUAUUCUUAUACACUGGGGCAGCCUAUCUGCAUAACAACAGAUGCAUCAUGUACUGAACACACGCUUGGCUGUUACGAAAGGAUACUCGGAACAUGCUUCCCGAUAAGUCCGAGUAUUUCGGGCGUUCUGGUCCAAGAUCUGGAAAAUGCUUAUAGGGUCGAAUUGUAUGGUGGCCAAACGUGCGGAACUCGUGCUUUUAGCGUUGCUACAGAGGUCGACGGAUGCACGUACAUGGCAUCCGUAAAUGGAACCAGCGCAUAUGUAUCAGUUAAGGGCGAUUCUUUUGUGAUACCAGGAAUGAGUUCCCAAGAUGAUCUCGCGGCAGAUGUUCAACCCUCUGACAGUUCACAAAACAGUGGGGCGAUGCUGGUGAAUAGUCCAAACAACGCUCCAGAUGAACUAGUGCCGGAUUCCAUUGUCUUGGUGCCAGCUAUCGGUACUUUCAUUGCGCUUUUCUGUUAAACUCCAUUUCAUCUCAUAUGGUCAUCAGAUACAGCAUCUCAGCG